AUGCGGUCUAUUGAGCCCUCCUCUGGAGGAUCAGCUACUGCUGAUACUGCUGCCAUGGGCAAUUCCCAGCAACAACCCUCUGCUCUCCCCCCUCUGGAUUUCUCAGCUAUCAGUGGCCCGACAUAUCUCACAGCCCAGACUCUGAUCCAACAGGUCGCCUAUGCCCUGUCGGAUAAGCUCUUCACCUACUCGCCAGAUACCUUCGACCUGGACGUCGCCAUCAAGCACUGGGCGGCUCAAGCUCAAUUCAAUAUCAAUGGCUAUCCCACCGCCGUCCACCCCAUGCAGACUCGCCAGGGUGCCGGCGCCAUUGCCCUGGGUUAUAUCUUCUCCAAGGACUUUGAUCUCAAGAAGCGGUAUAUCCCGCAGUCGAUUAUUGCCUCGUCCGCUACCCUGCAGUAUCUCCGUCCAGCAUUGGAACAGCUCUCCCUGCUCUACUCAGUCGCAAACCCCUUUGUUGCCCAUGUUGCUGUAGUGGACUAUGCUGGCGGUGCCGUCGGGGGUCUUGUUGCCGAUUACACUACCUCCCUGACUCUUGCUGAGGAGCUGGGUCUUGGCUUGGUGUCGAGCCUCUCUGCCUACGAAUCUCAGCAUAUGGCCUUGUUCUCGACUCUGCUAGCCAGUAUACUGCCUACUAUCCAUGUCUACGAUGGCAUCAGAGUCGGACGGGAGAUCACCCAGGUCAUCGAUGUCCUCGAUCAGUCCGGCCUUAGCGCUACGUACAGGAAGGUGCUUGCAGAAUUGACUUCGGACCCCGACCAGAAACAUCUCGAUGCCGAGGGCAAACUGCUGCGCCUAUUCAAGGCCUUCAAUGGCCAACUAGGCACCGACUACAGCCCCUUUGAAUACAACGGUCACCCAGAAGCGACCUCGGUUUUGGUUUCCUUCGGCACCAUCGAAUCCACGCUGGCUUCUCAGAUGGCGGCUUCGUCUUCGUUGGCUAAGAAGGGUGCCCGUGUUGGUGUCGUCAAUGUACGGGUAUACAGACCAUUCGCCGAGGAAUCGUUCUUGAGUGCGUUGCCCAAGACUACCAAAGUCGUCGGCGUUCUGGGUCAGGUUCAGAGUCACUUGGCCGUCCGGGAAAAUGGUGUUCAUUCCGCACUUUACGAAGACGUCUUGGCCUCCCUAACGUUUGGAACCCGCUUCCCUACUCCACCGGAGUGCGUUGAGAUCAAAUACGCUCCCUCGCAUUCCUGGUCCCUUGCGAACACCGCUGCUGUCUUUGAGAGGAUUACGAAUGAACCAGUGGAGCUGAACAUAACAUCAAACUCUUUGCAGCUUCUGGACUCCACUGCCGUCCAGCAAUACACGUUCUGGGAUACAGACGACUCUGCAUCAAACGCCGCUGCCGUCGUUCUCGCUCAAGCACUUGCUAGGGAUUCUUCGUCCAACGUUACCACGAACAUAUCCUACGAUAAUCUUGUGCAGGGAGGAGUCAUCCGUACCGAUAUCCGGAAGGGGCCUCAAAGUAUUGAUGCACCAUAUGCUAUCGACUCUGCGGAUGUGGUCUACGUGGGCAAUAUCAAGCUCCUAUCCGAGAUAGACAUUCCAGCCAGCACAAAGGAUUCCGGAAAGAUCAUCGUCAAAGCUUCCGGAUUGAAGGACGAGGACUUGGAGAAGAAACUCCCGCAGCCAUUUAGGCGGGCAGUUGCGCAACGCGGAAUAUCACUGCUUAUCUUGGACGUACCUGCCUCGAAAGAGACCGAUUUUGAUACCGCAGCCUUCCAAGCAGCCUUUUUGCGAACUGCCAUCCCUGACCUCGAUAUUAUUGGAGCGAAGAAGCUAGCUCUGAGCCUGGGGGAUGCAGACUGGUUCUCCAAGGCAACUGAAACUCUAGACACAGCUCUCCGGACUGUUGAAGUUCCAGAAUCCUGGUCAUCCGCCGACGAGGAUUCAGACAGGGACUCGCCGAAACUCCCCGUCAACAUUCACGCUACGAGCUUUGCUUCAUUUGACAAGUCGGAUGUGGAAGAGCCCUCGAUCCUGCGGGACUGGCAGGAUGCCGCCCAGGCUUUGGCCUUCAAGGAGGCUUAUGGGACCACAACCGCGCUCCGCCCCGACCUUGCAGCGAAGACCUUCACCAUUCAUGUCAGUGAGAAUCGACGUCUAACCCCUGUGACCUACGACCGUAACAUCUUCCACAUCGAAUUUGACCUGGGAGACUCGGGCCUCAAAUACGACCUUGGCGAAGCCCUGGGUAUCCACGCAGAAAACAACCCAGCGGACGUGGACCAAUUCAUCAAUUUCUACGGAUUGGACCCAGACGCCAUUGUCGAGGUCCCCUCGCGCGAAGAUCCAUCCGUCCUCGAGUGCCGCACCGUGUACCAAGCCCUCAUCCAUAACGUCGACAUCUUCGGCCGCCCGCCAAAACGCUUCUACGAGUCUCUCGCCGCGUUCGCUACUGAUGAGAAAGAGCGUAAACACCUCCUCUCCCUCGGCAGCGCCGAGGGCGCUGACGAAUUCAAGCGCAGAUCAGAGGUAGAUACAGUCACCUUCGCGGACCUCCUCCAGGAAUUCCCCUCCGCCCACCCCACCUUCCUGGACCUUAUUCGCAUCGUCUCCCCAAUGAAACGCCGCGAAUACUCCAUCGCCUCCUGCCAGAAGGUAACCCCAACUUCCGUCGCCCUCAUGAUCGUUGUUGUCAACUGGGUCGACCCCGCCGGCCGCACCCGUUACGGCCAGGCCUCCCACUACCUCAGCAACCUCAAACCCGGCAACCCCAUCACCGUCAGCGUGAAAUCAAGCGUGAUGAAACUCCCACCCAAAUCCAUGCAGCCCAUCAUCAUGGCCGGGCUGGGGACUGGUCUCGCGCCCUUCCGCGCCUUCGUCCAGCAUCGCGCGAUGGAGAAGGCGCAGGGGAAAGAAAUCGGCUCCGUGCUCCUCUACAUGGGCUCGCGCCACCAGCGUGAGGAAUACUGCUACGGUGAGGAGUGGGAAGCCUACCAGGCUGCAGGUGUGAUCACGCUGCUCGGCCGCGCCUUCAGCCGCGAUCAGCCAGAGAAGAUCUACAUCCAGGACCGCAUGCGGCAGACGUUGCCGGAGAUUACCCAAGCGUACAUUCGGGAGGAAGGCGCUUUUUACCUCUGUGGACCGACGUGGCCGGUGCCGGAUGUUACGGCGGUGCUGGAGGAGGCAAUUGCGGUUAGCGCGAGGGAAACUGGUUUGGGGAAGAAGGUGGAUCCUAGGAAGGAGAUCGAGAAGCUGAAGGAUGAGAUGCGGUAUGUUUUGGAGGUUUAUUAG